AUCUUCUUCACCAAAGAUCUUUAAGUAACAAAUAAUAUGAUUAAGCUGUUUUUGUUAGCUACUCUUGGAGUAGUAGCGACCUUCGCCGCUCCCCAAGUUGUUUCCUCUACAGCUGCUCCCAACGAUUAUUACAGGAACAACUACUUCAGAAAUAACUACGAUCCCUACUACAGAAACGGCAACUACAGAAACAACUACUACAAAAACCAAUACGACCCCUACCGCAGAAACAAUUACUACGGUAACGAUUACUACAGGAAUAAUAACUACUUUGGUAAUGAUUAUUACAAGAACAACAACUAUUAUAACAAUGAUUACUACAAAAACAACCAAUAUAAUAAAAAUGUUUACAAUCCCGAGUACAGAAAGAACUACGUUCCUGGAGCUGAAGCAAACGCAAGAAUUUUAAGGUUCGAAAGCAAUUACAACCCUGAAGGAGGUUAUGAAUAUGCAUACGAAACCGACAACGGUAUCUCUGCCCAACAACAAGGUUUCCCCAUCCAACCCCCAGACAGCCACCCAUCAAUCGGUGUAACUGGAUUUUUCGCCUACACCUCUCCUGAAGGACGUCAAAUAUACACCAGAUAUACUGCUGACGAAAAUGGUUACCGUGUAGAAGACAACGGAUUACAGGGUAAUGUUGUUCGUCAAGGUGUGCCAGUAUCAGUUAAUGCUGUCGUCGAAUCUUCAACCGCCGCUUCCCAGAAAUAGUAACCGUCUUUUGUACAUUUUUCUUUUUUAUUUUAUUAUUAUAUAAUAAAUUAUAAAAUUAAUUAAACACUUUCCUUUUAAUCAA